UAAAAAUACAUGGCCGAGACAUCUCCACGUAAUUUGUCAACAUGUUCACAGGUUACGUUAAACGCCCCUUGCUGUCAGAUACGAUACAGUGCCUUGCAAACUCCCAGUGGUCCAACCUCCCGGAGUUUUGUGGUCGUAGCUGUCCCAGUCCACCACGCGUGCGUUUUGCUAGAAUAUCACAAGAAGAUGAAAUGCAGAAUUUUUACGCUGUUGAUACGAUGGUGAAGUAUAUUUGUCGCCCGGGCUAUGAGAAUACCACAGACCAGCUCCCCACCAGCACUUGUCUUGACGAUUUAACGUGGUCAGAAGUUCCCGAGCUAUGUCGGAGGAAAUCUUGUGGUAUUCCAGCAAAUCCAGAACACGGCAAAGUUAUUACAAAUGAUCAUCUGUUUGGUGCAAAAGCAGACGUAGUUUGUAACCGUGGGUACACAUUAAAGGGAGCAUCGCCUCUCGUCUGGUGUUCCCUAAGGGGAGGUGAAGUUGCCUGGAGCCAACUUCCAGCUUGUCGGGCUAUUUCUUGUCCUCCACCUCCAGCUAUUCCCGAUGGGAAGCACAAUGGCAACGGUACGGAGGAGUUUACGUACAACUCAGUCGUGAUGUACACGUGUGACCCUGGGCUCCGGCUUGUGGGAAAUGAAACUCUUCGUUGUACAACAGAGAACAGCGUCGAUGGCGUCUGGAGCGGGUCUCCUCCUGAAUGCACGGUUAGCACUACGGCAGCAACAAACCAAACUGAACCCUUGGAAGAGAAGAUAGCAGAGAAUCCCUACUGGCUAGCAAGUAUCCUCAUCCCUAGUUGCAUUGUUCCCCCAGUAGCCCUUGGAAUUCUAGCUGGGAUCAUCAUGAGAUGGAAAGACAAUAAAAACCACUCUUAUAAUAUGCCUUUACGAGAGCACAAGAUGAAGGGAAGGGAUACACUGAUGCACCCAAAGAUAACGGAUGAUGAGAAGCAGCCCGUGCUGUGGCAUUCCUAUUUUUGCCGCACGACAAGUUGCCAUGUGUGUCCCACCUGCGAAGAGCGGCUGCACGCUGCCCUGGCCUCCCACACCGAGCCCACGCACCGUGGCUGUGCCACCUGCGAGGACUGGCUGCGCGCCCAGCCCGGCACACCGCGCACCUACUCGGUCCCCAGCAUCGGCGGCGGGGAGAGACGAAGCCCAGCAGGCACGAGCUCUCCUGCCGAAGCUGCAGAUGUGCUGAGGGGUGACGGCACAGGAGAAGCCGUUCCAGAGCGGAGCGAGGCAGAGCAGCCCAUGGACCACGAAAGCAACCAUCACGUCUGCCCCAUCUGUGAGAACUGGGUGCGCGCCCACCUCGGCCAGCGUGAAAGCCAUCCUGCGGUGCCUGGGGAGCGGACGGGGGGGCCCUGCCAGCAGGACAAGGGCCCGCGGGGUCCCGUCUGCCCUCCCUGUGCCGACCGGCUGCACCUCUCCCUUGUCCACAGCAACACGGCAAGCUGCCCCGUGUGUCCCCUGGCCGGGGAGGGGACCCUGGCUCACCUCGUCCCCUGCCGCACCCCCGGCUGCCACGUCUGCCCCGUCUGCGCAGCGCCCACCCACGCGCACCUGUGCCAGCCCCGGCGCCAGCCCUCCGCGCCCCUGGAGGAGUCCUAUGCCAUAGGGGCCACGCUGAAAUACAAGUGCCGCCCGGGGUACACGCUCGCCAGGGGCAAGUCCCCCGUGAUCACCUGCCUCCCCAGCUCCCUCUCGUCGGAGAACCCCGACUUCUGCAUCGGAAAGUCGUGCAGUCCACCGGACAUCAUGAAUGGCAACUUUAACUACACGACCAACCUCCAGUUCGGGGCGACAAUAACCUACAGCUGUAACACGGGGUACCGAUUAGUUGGGAAGCCAUCUGCACAAUGUGUACUUAAAGACAAUGAAGUUGCUUGGGAUAGCAUUCCAUACUGUGAGAGUAUUCCCUGUUUACCACCACCUGUGAUCGAGAACGGGCAGCUCAUCGGUGGGGACAGAGACUUCACCUUUGGCAUGGCUGUAACCUACACCUGUAACAAAGGUUUUGAUCUUAUUGGAGAUGCCACAAUUCACUGCACGAUGAACGAUAACUUCGAUGGAAUAUGGAGCGGUCCAGCCCCUGAAUGCAAAAUGGUCAGAUGUAAAAAUCCGGAAGUGAAAAAUGGGAGAAAGCUAUCUGGCUUUGGCACUGAGCACAGGUAUAAAGAUACGGUGACCUUUGAGUGUAAUCCUGGUCACUUAUUGAAUGGUAGCAGUGUAGUUACUUGUGAAGCAGACAAUAACUGGAAGCCACCUCUGCCAACAUGUGACCCAAUCUACUGUGGUCCUGCUCCACACUUCCCUUUCGCUGAGUUAACAACGGCUGUGGGUGACAGCUCUCUCGCUGGAACUAAGCUGAUGUAUCGGUGUAAACCGGGUUAUACUGCAGCAAGUGGAAAGUCCUCUGUUGUCACUUGUCUGAGUAAUACAACUUGGUCUGCAGACCCAGACUUCUGUAUACGACAGCAAUGUACUCCACCCACAAUAGAGAACGGGGAUGUGAUUGCAGACAAUUUCCUGUUUGAGACAGUUGUGACAUUCACCUGUCAUCCCGGGUAUGAAUUAAAGGGGUCAUCUUCUGCCAAAUGUGUGGUAUCAGGAAAUGGAGUUGAUUGGGAUACAGCAUCUCCGUACUGUGAAAGACAGCCUUCUCACAUUCUCUGUGAAGAGCCCCCCACGGUUGAAAAUGGGAUCCACAACGGCACAAAGGGCACAGACUUUGUCUACGGCUCCACUGUAGCUUAUAAAUGCAAUGAUGGCUUCACCCUUGUUGGACCGGCCAUUCUUCAGUGCUCAGAAAGCAUCCUCCGCUAUGUGAGGUGGGGAGCUGGAGGUUGCUGCGGCUGCUUCUACAUCAAAAAGUCCUGUCUGUGGAUUGUUAUUCUUCCAGCCAGCAGCGAGGGAUGGUGCCAGCUUGGAUGA